CGUUCAUGCAUGUCUUUGUUCUUUCUGAUGCACUGCUCACAGCGGCCAGACCUCCAAUAUUGAUCAGAUGAUUACAAUCCUAUUUACGAGGUAGAAUUGAAACUUCCCACGGACUGCAUGUGCCACAUCGAAUCGUAUUUGACAUCAUCUUCGCGGCCGUCAAGUAGCAGUGGUCAAAUGAACUGGAACGAGAUACAGGUCUUAUUUAUGUCGUAAGGGAGCUCUGCUUUACACAGAAGAGAUUUGAUUCACAGUCUGCUGUAUACACCGAGAAUAUUUCUUUGCGAUAUGGCGUCAUCUUCGGAAAGGUCCUCGAGCAAGCGAGCGUUAUUGAUCGCAAGCCCGAUACACGGUUUGAGGGGUCCUUUGAAUGAUGUAGAAACCAUUGCCCGUGUUCUCGAGAGACAAAGCUUUCAGAUCAUUCGAUGCUGUGGCCCCAACGCCACGCGUGACGGGAUCCUGACGGCAUGGCGCAACUUGAUCGACACAAGCACGACUGGCGAUGCGGUGACCAUCUACUACUCCGGCCAUGGUGGCCUUGUGAAGAGCUCCGAACCAGAUACGGAUAUCCAUCGGCCGCUUCAAUUCAUCCUACCCUUUGACUACGAUGAGAGUACAGACGAUGACUUCCGGGGCAUCUUGGAGAUUGAGUUGUCGCAUCUGCUACUGGAGACCACCGAGAAAACCGACAAUGUCACAAUCAUCCUAGACUGCUGUCAUGCCGGGCGGAUGGCUCGUCAUCCCAGACAUGGCAGACGAGCAAAUCCCAAGCAGAUCGCCGACGUGCAGUAUAGCAACCUUCGGCAACACAUAACACGGCUCCGGCAGAGUGGGCACUUUGCACGCGAAUUGGAUCCCUUGGGGAACCCUGACGCUGUGCGUGUCAUGGCGGCGGCUGCCACCGAAACAGCCUGGGAGUGUGAAGGCCCCGACGGCGAGUGGACCGGCGCGCUGACGGAUGCCUUAGCGUCUGCGAUCGACGCAGCCGGUCAACGGCAGGUAUCUUGGAGAUCGACCCUGUUACGUGUGAAUGAGCUCGUACAUGUCCAGUUCCCGCAGCAGCACCCCGUCGCCGAAGGACCGGACACCCGCCUCUUGUUCGCGACUCAGCGGAUCGCGUCCAGCGCCGUGCUCUUGCAGAUGCAAGGCGAUGUUGCAGUGCUCCAGAGCGGUUACGUUUCAGGCGUUCGUAAAGGAGAUGUUUAUGUUCUCAUGCCCGCCGGCCACGAGGUCCCCGAUGCUCGAUUCAGAAUCGGGGAAGCGACUGUCACUGCCGUGAAUGGUUUCAAAGCCAGGGUAACACUGGAUCUUGAUUCCCCGGGCGAGGCGACGCAUGCGGGACCCUCACGGGUGACGGAAGUCGCCGCCUCCAGCAGCAACAGUAUUCCUGCGGGCGAAGUCACAUCUACGACCACUCCAACCAACCCCUGCACAGAAGAAGAUGUGACCAACAAGCCGAAUUCCUCCGACGUCGACACAUCUGUUUGGAAGAGAGCUGUCAAGCAGAAUCUUAUUGUGGGCCUGUUUUCAUUCGUCGUGCUGAGAGUAUUGUUUGGCCACAAUCUCGUAAUUUGGUUUGGCCUUUCGAUGGUUCUUGUUCACUUGACUUUUACGAUAUUACUUAUUCUUUGUAGCAACCGAGGCCGGAUCGGCAACCAGGCCUUAUAAGAUUUGGCACUCUAGUUUGUGUUUUCGACACCUCCGAAUUGUAUCAGCCGAACUCUAAAUUAGCAAUGAUGGUAGUUGCAU